UUCAUAAAUUACGCAAAGACCGCCGGUUUGUUGUUAUUCAUGGUACCAGUGUGACCAGACAAGAAAAGCGGUCAAAUAUUCAUACAAACAGCUGAUUGUAGCUGUUGCAGCUGCUGCAGCUACAGCUGUUUGCAGCAUCCAAAUAUUCGGAAAAGUCCAUUUACAACUAGUAAACACGUAGUGUAGGCAAGGCGUAAUACAUUCGUUGAAACUUGGCACGCACGCGACAAUAAAGUGGACAGCAUGCAGUUUUCCUGGAUGAAGGUGGCCAUUUAUGUGCUGACAUUUCUAACAUACGCAUAUUCUGGAUACGGAUCUAGCACAAUUGUGCAUCUUCGGGAUGCGAUCAUAGCGGCGGAGGCAAUCUUUGGUGACGUUUUUAAGAAUUUCAUCACAAUUGUUCGCAAAUUUCGCACUGUGCAUGAGGUAUUUGAUGCAGCCGUCGAGGAAAACUGCGUGUUUCAGUGCCCGGCGCCCGCUGGCGGUGGCACGGCGCCGCGGCCCGUGCAAAAUAAAUUCUAUGUGCCCACCGCUGAUGGCUGCGGCUCGUUAGGCUUGAGAAUCAGUACUGAAUACCUUCCCGCUGCCGAAAUGGAACCAUGCUGCAAUGCGCACGACAUUUGCUAUGACACCUGCAAUAGUGAUAAAGAGCUGUGCGACUUGGACUUUAAACGUUGUUUGUAUAAACACUGCGACAGCUUUGAGAAGUCUAUUGCCAGCGACUUGAUGACCAAGGGCUGCAAGGCGGCCGCCAAGAUGCUCUUCACAGGCACAUUAACACUAGGCUGUAAAGCGUACCUGGAUUCGCAGCAGCGUUCAUGUUAUUGUGCUCCAAGCAAAUCGACUAACUUUAAUGGAAAUAAGUACACGAAUAGCAAGGAAAAGCAACAGAAGCAGAAGUAUGGCUGGAAGGAUCGAAAUGAAAUCUAGCAAGGGCUAUGUAGAUAUAAAUACACGUUAUUUGUUGUCGUUUGUAGUUCGUUUCGUGUUAGUUUUUAAUUUAUGGUUGUACUUUUCUACCACCUGACGAAUUUUUCUAACUUAAUGCCAAAGCUAGCAUAGUCUCAGUAUUUUUAUACAAAGCACAGAUCAUUAAACAGAUAUAGUGUGAAUUUAAUAUUACAAUUACAAUCUCAACAGUUGGCUGGGC